CAUAUGCCUAAUGUGUUUAUUUUAAAUAAAAAAAUAAUAAUUUCUUACUGUUUUAUGUGAUUUCAGGGUAAAAUGGUGAUACAAUUAGCUAAAGAGCCAUCAGCACGUCUGCUGAAACAUGUGGUACGUUGCUAUUUAAGAUUAUCAGACAAUCCCAGAGCACGAGAGGCUUUAAGACAAUGUCUUCCGGAUCAAUUGCGUGAUGCAACAUUUUCAGUUUGUUUACAAGAUGAUAAAUCAACUAAACAUUGGUUACAAUUAUUAAUUAAAAAUUUAGAAUUAGGUGCUGUACCACCCACAGAUCCACGUCAAAUUGGUAUGUCACCUUUGACCUCAUAAAUUAAAGUAAGAAAAACAAUAACAACAACAACAAAAACUAAAAUUAAAAACAACAACAGGUCAGACUUAAUAGAGAUACAAAUUGAUAUAUUAAUUUUUAAAAAAAAUGCAGCUUUUUUUCUAAAAAAAAAAAACAAAAUUACAAACAAAACAAAAAAACAGUCCAAUGGCUUAAAGUCUGUCUGUUUUUUUAUAUAUUUAUAUAUACAGAUAUAUUUUUCGUUAUUAAAUAAAUAAUUAAAUAUAAAUAUUUUUUACUUAAAAAAAAAGAAAAAUUUAAAACAAAAAAUUAAACUAAAACUAAAAAAAAAACAAAAAUUAAAU